GUGGUUACUCUGUUGGUAAGCGGUACCACUCGGCAGAACUCUCUCAGGAUGAGGGCCGUAGUGCCUUUAGUGUUGUUGUUUCUGGGAUUCACUAAUGUACUUGGUUAUGGAAAAGGUGUAAGAAAGAGAAAAAAUCCUUAUCCGGGGUAUGCUCCAGUUGGAUUUGUUCAGCCUCCAUUUAUUCCUUUCCCACAAACAACGGUCACUAAACUGGAUCCUAUCCACGUCCAGACGACAGUGAGGUUUCCCAAUGGAUUCACCAGGGUCUUUUAUCCGAACAAAGGUCCAGGCUUUCCAUUCUUCGGGGGGCAUCCACCCAUCAUGCCUGCUCCUGUUUUCCCUGUCGCAACCAACCUAAUUAGACCCGCUCCAAUCAAGACUGUGAUUCCUGUGGAACCUAAUGUCAAACCGGAACCAGUGCCGGUUAAAUCAAUCAUAGAAAAACCGGAAACACUCAAACCAGUUGAAAAAGUCGGAAAACCAGUAUAUGGCGGAACAUUCGUUGUAAAUAUCGAUAGGACCAAAGAUUUCCGCCCCGAACCGAGUGUUCAGCAUAUCCACAGUUUUGAGAGAAUACGACUUCCAUUACCCCCCUCUCCUCCACAACCACAAAUCCCACCCCCGCAAAUAUGGCGGACCGAGGUCCCACGACCUGUUGUCCAACGACAGAACAACUUCUUUAGAGAUAACUUUCAAUUUGAUUCAAGAACAUUUGAGAGUAGAUUUAAUAUAGUACCUAGAGUAGAUCGCCAAGAACCUGUACAGGACUUCAGACCACCAAUGCCUCAGCCCAUCCGACCAGUUCCACAAAAAGAUCGCCAAGAACCUGUAAAGGACUUUAGACCACCUAUGCCUCAGCCCAUCUUUCCAGAGAUUUUGCCGAGAACGACAGGCCUUGAUCAGACGCCCAUCAGAAUUAAUAGAAUUGAAAUCGUGCUUCAACGUGUGCCCCCACAGCCUGUUGAUAAUGUUGAACCAGUGAUACAGAUUCAGACGUCACAUCCGGUUGUCCCGGUAAUGCCCCCAGAACCGGUGUCCCCACCAAUUCUUCCACCGGAACCGAUAGCGGAAAUAAACCAAGGACCGAUAAUACCACCGGAAGGCCCUACACGAGGAGAUGUUCCAAAUAUUGGAAUUAUAUCCCCAAUCCCGGGGGACCAAGGAAAUGUUCUGAUGGAUUUUAAGGAGGCCAAUGCUGCUUCCAAUAAACUCGACAUGAUCCGAAACGAAUUUACUGAAAUAGGGGGCGGAGUUAAUGCUAUGAGAAUAAACACAGACAAGAAAGCAGGUCAAUUAGUAGGAGGUCCCGGGCCUGCAGUUGACAUUGGCCCUGGACCGGGCCCCGAUCCUUUAGUUGAUUUAGGCAUGAAUAGUGGUUUUGUUUCUGGUGCAAAUAUGCAAGCUGACAAUUCUCUAUUUUCGAAUGAUUUUUCCAUGAGCCAUUCCAAUUUUGCUGCCGGUGAUCACCUUAUCAGAGGAGGCAAUGGGUUUGAUCAUGUAGACAGCAUAAAUAUUAAUAUUGACCCAAGCCUCGGUCUCGACUUUGGCCCCCAGAAUGGUCCAUUAUUAGGGCCACCCGAUAUGGACCCCCAGUUCAACUCAAAAGAUCUAAUGGCACAGGCAGAAAUAGAAAACAACCUCGCUUUUAACAACCAAAAGGGAUCGAAUUUUGAAGCAACAUCCAAUUUUGUUAAACCUGCUCCAAUAUCUAUGGCCGAGGCCUCUUUCGACAACUCAGCUUUUUCAUCAAAGUCAUCAAAGGAUUCUUCUGCCAGCGCAGGUCACAAAGAUGAACAUCGUGUUAUAAGAAGAACGACAACUGUCAGAAAAAUCAGACGGACGCUGAUAUGAGUGUUACUACCUUGAAUAAAGGAAAAUAAUUAGUAAUUCUAAAUUCAGACAAAAUGUAUUGUACAUUAACAAUAUCAGGAAAAAUCUGUGUCAUCUUCUCCUUUGCCUUUAUAAUCUCUGUGAUAAAUGGUAUUUCUAAGAAGAUCCCUGAAUAAAAUUGUGUAAAGAAAAAUUUAAAAAUGCACUUUUUAUGUAAUAUUUCAUUAAGAGAACAGGACGGUCAUGACCAUUUUAGGACUGUAUUGACCUCCUCAAGAAGAAGAAUCUUUGUAUAAGUCUAUAGAUAAAAGCAAAUAUUCAUUAUUUUAACUAAAAGAAUUUAAAGUUUGAAAUUAUCUAAUGGGUGUUUGUUGACCACCCAACAUAUUAAAUUAUCUUUAACAAGUUCGAUCAUAUUGAAAAACAAAUGACGUAACGACGAUCUCCAAUUCUCAGGUAUGCUCGACAAAUAUCAAAAUUGCUAAUUUGUUUCAUUGAUUCAGAUUUGAUAGAGGAAAUAUACGAAGUACCCACAUAUUGUUCCAAUUUUACUCCUAACUUUAUCAUGUUGUAAGCUAAUUGGAAAUUUGUGUAUCCAUUAAAAAUAAAUGUUUGU